CUCAAAUCAAAGCAGCCUCUGCCAGAGUCAGAUGUUGCUGGCCAGGCUCAAAGGAAAUAGAUUCCCACAAGGGGUCUAAGGAAAGGUGAGGAUGCUUACAAAGCAGUAAGGUGGCGGAGCCUCUCAACGUUGAAAGAACAAAGAUGUCUCGAAUGCCAUUAAAAGGGGAGGAAGAUGAAGAUCAUCGAACUAAACUGAUAUCCAAAGAGUUGGAUAAUGCCUCUUGGAGAUUUAUGGUUUUACAGAAACGUGUAAUCCAGUUAAUGGAUAUUAUUACCCACAAGGGUACAAAUGAAGAAUCACAUUUACAAGCCACAAAAUCAAAGGAGGAUUCCGAAAUUACUCUUUGAACAGAGCAGCUAUACUCCUCCCAGCCAUUGCCUCUUAAAAUGUAUAAAAUACAUGAUGCUUGUGGGCAAACAUUGCCUCUCAAUAUACCUACUUUUAAUUACCAACAUUAUACAGGUUUAAAGAGUUUUUUCUGAUAGUCCUUAUAGCUUUGGAAUUUGUAAAGAUAAUAUUAUAGCUUAGAGUAAAGAACAAAAGCAGGAGAAACUGAAGGGGCAGAAGCACCUCUCUCAUCCCAAUGAACCAGAGAGCAUGCCGCCAUGUGAAAGGAUGCAAAAUGAUGUGUCAGUGGACCACAGCCAAGGUGCUUGUGGACAGAUCUUUCAUUCACGGGUGCAUCAACCGGUGGAAUGUUUCUCACUUCCCACUCACUCAUUUAGUGAAAUAAGUAAGAUUUUAACUGGAGCUGUAGGCAAAGCAUUAGCCAGCCCUCUGCAUCCGCUAAUGGAUGGAGCUGAAGACCUGAAAGAUACACUGAAAUAUACCCAUUAUGGAAUUGGGAUGGGGGAAAAAGUGGAACCCCAGCCCCCCAUUCAUCAUAAAACAGAGGUGUUUGUGAGCCCCACUGCACCACCCUCGCCACCUCCAUUACCUCCUGAUUGGUUAGCUCUCCUAAGACAGCCAAAGAAGGCAGAUGCUCCUGCAGCCAUCCAUUUCCCAUCUCGUUCUGCAUCAACUGUAUUGAGAAAUCCAGCAGCAUCCCAUCCUCAAUGCCUCCAGAGUACUUCUGAGACAAGUGUUCCAAUUCCUCCAACUAAUGUAGACUUGUCUCCUCCUGUACCUAAAUUUGUUCAAUAUGGUGAAAUGCUUCCACAUGAUAUGCUUCCACCGGAUGAAGAAAAAGGACAGUGUCCAACUAUGUCUCCUCCUCCAGUAAGGUCACAUAGAAUUGAAAGGAAAGACACAGUUACAGAUGGAGUUGGCCAUGCCCCUGUUAUACAGUCACUAGCAUCUGUAGUUUUUCCAUCCUCAAGGUCAACAUGUGCACAAUCACCAAAGCAUUCUGUUACAAAACUGCCAAGAUCUUCAGUUCUGUCAACACCAAGAUCUUCCCUUUCACCACCAUCAAGAUAUCCAAUUCCAUUAGCCAAAUCAUCAACUGCACCGUUGUCAGGACAUUCGACUCUAAAAAAUCUUCACAAAGUUCAGCUCCACUGUCAUUAUCUUCAGGUCCACAAGCAUCAAGAUCUUCAGUUCCAUCAGGAAAGCAUUCAUGUGCCCAGUCACCAAGGCAUUCAGUUGCCCAAUCAAGAAGUGUACAUGUACAGGCAACAAGAUCUUCAAUUGCUCCAUCAGGAAGAUCUGCAGUUGCAUAAUCAACAAGACAUUUGAUUCCACCCCAAGAGAGCUCAUCAAGUCUGAAGCCCACAUGACCUUCUAUGCCUUCAUCAAAUUUUUCUUCUGCACAAUCUCCAUCCUCUUACAUUUCAUGCCCUCAAAUUCUGUCACUGAGCCAAUCUUCACAAGCUCCAGUUAGUACUGGUGUAAAACAACCUUCAUCAUCAACCCCAUCAGUAUUCAGUAGAGCAAGUAGUGCCCUAGUGGAAGCAAUAAGAAAAGGCAUUCUGCUAUGCAAAGCUAAAGACCACUGUCUACUGACAGCCAAAAUAGACAUUUCUAAAAAUGAAGCAAGCUCCAUCUUGAUCAGUCAUAAAGCAAUGGGAUGCAAUACUGGUAAAUCAGAGAAGAAGGCUGGAUGGA